GGAGGUUUAUAUCAGAUCACUGGGUUCUGCUGUGUUCAACUGGUUUGUUUUGGGCUCCUGAGUGGAAUUCAUUACCUGUUUACUUGUUAGUUAGUGUUUAGUUGUUUGUAAAUAAUUAUUUAUCCAGGUCAGCUGAUCAGUUGCAUGCGCGAGCGUGGAAGGGAAAGGGAUGGUGGACAACUCCAACAGCACCAAGACUCAAAUGGAGAGCAGUUUAGGAGGCAGUGUUUACCCUCAGGGAGGUGCCGCGGGGGUGAAGCUCGAAGCUGUGAUGGAGCAUUUGCAGCGGCAGCAGCAGGCACGUUUGGAGAUGGAGCGUAAGGAGCGGCGCCUCCGUGACGCUCAUCUGAUGUACGCUCAGCAAGUGGCCGCCCAACACGCCAUCCUAGCAGCUGCCCGAGCCUCCGCUCUGGGCAACAGCGGGAAAGCCCAGGUGCACAGGGUUGCCCUGGAGAGACCGGAAGAAGUCGGACGGGACAGGGACUCGGGCGAUGACGAAGAUGACGAUAAUGGUGACGAAGAGGAACCGAUGGCUGACGAAGGCAGCGAAGAGGACGAGGACGAAGGCCCGGUGAGUGGGCUGGAGUAUUUGCGCAAGCAGACACUUGCGCUGCAGCAGAGCACCGUGACCACACAGUUUACAGGCUACGCUGCUGGAACCGCCGCAGGAACCAGGAUUCAGAGAGACGACUCCUCUCUCGUCAGGGUCAAACAGGAGCCCGAGGAUGAUCUUUCACCUGCUGGACCGCAAACAGCUACGUCUCCAAACAGACCGGCCGACUGGGGCUACGACGAACACUUCAAACAGAAUGGCAGUGGUGUGUGGGGAGAGGAAUCGGACAGUAACAGAUCGAGAGGAGAGGCAUCCAGAGACUUUGCCAAGUUGUAUGAGCUGGACAGUGACCCCAACAGGAAAGAGUUUCUGGAUGAUCUCUUCACCUUCAUGCAGAAAAGAGGAACCCCAGUGAACCGAAUCCCCAUCAUGGCCAAGCAGGUGCUGGAUCUCUACAUGCUCUACAAGCUGGUGACGGAGAAAGGAGGCCUGGUGGAGGUCAUCAACAAGAAAAUCUGGAGGGAAAUCACCAAGGGCCUGAACUUACCCACGUCCAUCACCAGCGCCGCCUUCACACUCCGUACACAGUAUAUGAAGUACCUGUACCCGUACGAGUGUGCACGCAAAGGCUUGAGCUCUCCCAGUGAGCUGCAGGCCGCCAUUGACAGCAACCGCCGUGAGGGACGUCGCCCCAGCUACAGCAGCAGCCUGUUCCGCUUUAGCUCCUCCCCUAGCUCCGUCCCCCACAUUCUGUCCCCUCCCAAAAUGCACCUGGCUGCUUUGGGUGCCGGCGCUUCAGUGGCGCUGAACGGCCUGCAGGUGGCAUCAGGCUCCUCACUCAAGGCUCUGGAAGAUGCUGCCCCGUCUCUGCUGGCGGCUCGCUCCCCGGCCGUAGCUCUGGCUCUGGGGCCGCAGCAGGUGGCAGGACUGGCUCGGGCAGCCACGCUGGAGCAGCUGAGGGAAAAGCUGGAGACUGGUACAGGACUCGGAGUGUCUGAGGGACCGGAGAGGAAGAUGGCACGUCUGGCUGAGGAGCAGCAGAGACUCAUGCAGCAGGCACUUCAACACAACCUGCUAGCCAUGGCAUCACACAUGCCCAUGAACCUGCGCGUGGGUCUGACACCCAGAGAUGAUAAGCAUGAUCUGGCCUUGAGCAUUUCCUCCACAGGGUCAGCCAGCAUCAGCGUAUCUGUCGAGGUCAAUGGUGUCGUCUACUCAGGAACUCUCUUUGCUCAGAAGCCUGCGUCAGUUGCUGUGUCUUCUGCAGCCAGCGUGUCGUCCAUGACGGCCAACACCACUUUGACCUUCCCCAGCCACAGCCCCUCCUCCGCCUCCUCUUCCUCUAAAGGUCCCAGCUCAGCCGAGCCAUCCACCAGCGGCUCACCGUAACGGAGGACGAGUCCUCCUCUGCCCAGGCUUCUGCCUCCUCCAGGCCUCGGCACAACCGCAAUACACCUCGCACACACAGAUGCUUUGAAAAACCAGACUGUUACACAACCAGUACCUCAUUUAUAUUUCCUGUCAGCCUUGGCUAUUUAAUACACACAGAUAUGUACAAAAUACUUCUUCCCCAAACACUGUGCUAAAUCAAACGCUAAACACAAUCGGGACAUUCAGCCAAACUCAACUGACAGGUGUUCAUUUACAGAACUUGAAGAUUUUUAUUUAGGAGAAUUGCAAAAAAAAAAGAAGCU